GGGAACCGUUUAUAACGACUACUGUUUCGUCAGAGCUCAGCGUCAGUUUAGAGACGAAGCAAGUUUCUGUCUUUUCCUCCGAGUUUUCCGAAGAUUACAAACUCAUUAAACUACCAGCGGAUAUUGCAAUAAGGGCAACAUUUAUAUAUUUAAGCUCAUCGUUGUUUUUCUUUUAGAAAAUAAAACCCCAACUAUUUCAGUUUCCGAACAAAGCCACCCGGGGGAGAUUAUACACGACUGUAACUUCGAUGGAGGUGCUCUGACAUUCCUCGAAGGGAUAACUCGAAGUGGGAAAGUCCUCACAUGAUCCCUCAAAGGGCUGCACAGAUGUUUUCACUGGGUCAGGAAAACAUCUCGCCCUCCCCGGCUUCCACCAAAGGACCAGUCAGAUAUGGAGAGCUCAUCGUGCUGGGGUGUAAUGGCUCUCUGCCGUCUGGUGAGAGAGGGAGGAGGAAAAGCCGCUUCGCUCUGUGUCGCAAAAACAAGGCGAAUGGCGUGAAACCCAGCACCGUGCACACAUCCUGCACUCCUCAGGCUGCCAAGGCUAUCAGCAACAAGGAACAGCACAGCAUAUCGUACACACUGUCUCGGGCGCAUACUGUAGUGGUGGAGUACACGCAUGACAGCAACACAGACAUGUUCCAGAUCGGCCGUUCCACAGAGAAUCCCAUCGACUUUGUGGUCACAGACACUGUACCGGCCGGGCAGAGCCUCACUGACGCUCAGACAAUUCAGAGCACAAUCUCCCGCUUCGCCUGCCGCAUCAUCUGCCAGAGGAACCCGCCUUAUUCUGCUCGGAUCUACGCUGCAGGCUUCGACUCCUCCAAAAACAUCUUCCUCGGGGAGAAGGCAGCCAAGUGGAGAAUACAUGACGGUCACAUGGACGGGCUGACCACAAACGGAGUUCUGGUCAUGCAUCCUCGGCAGGGUUUCGCCCAGGACUCCAGACCGGGUGUGUGGAGGGAAAUCUCUGUCUGCGGAAACGUCUUUACACUGCGAGAGACCAGAUCUGCUCAGCAGAGAGGCAAGAUGGUGGAUUCUGAGUGCAACCAGCUGGUGGACGGCUCCCUGAUUGACCUCUGCGGCACCACGCUCCUGUGGCGUACAGCGGAGGGCCUCUCUUGCACCCCCACGGUCAAACACCUGGAGGCGCUGCGGCAGGAGUUCAACGCCGGCCGGCCCCAGUGCCCCGUCGGCUUCAACACCCUGGCCUUCCCCAGCAUGCGACGCAAGGACGUGUUGGACGAGAAGCAGCCGUGGGCGUACUUGCGCUGCGGACAUGUCCACGGCUACCACUGCUGGGGAGGCCGGCGGGCGCCCGAGGUGGAGGCGGAGUGCCAGGAGCGAGAGUGUCCCAUGUGCCGAGCGCAGGGGCCCUACGUGCCGCUGUGGCUGGGCUGUGAGCCGGCCUUCUACGUAGACGCCGAGGGCCCCACUCACGCCUUCGUCCCCUGCGGCCACGUCUGUUCGGAGAAGACGACGGCGUACUGGAGUCAGAUCUUGCUGCCGCACGGCACCCACGCGUUCCACGCCGCCUGUCCGUUCUGCAUCCACCCUCUCAGGGGAGACACCGGUUUUGUCAGACUCAUCUUCCAAAGUCCUCUGGACUAGAAAUGACUUCUGAUGGAAGAGGAACAAAACACCUUGGGAGUGUGAGGUUUCUAAAAACUGAAAUUAAAUUCGUUAAACACAAAGUGCA